AUGGAGAGUUAUCAAAUGUUCUUUCCUACGUCGGACCCACCUGCAGAAGCAGCUCAGCCUUUACCAUUAAACAUGGCGCCUGAUUCUCAUGUUUCUAGCAACUUUCGUCGGAAUUCCUUUGAUGGGUUCUUGGGGUCUAAGAUCUUAGACUUGGUUAAGAAACCAGGAGAUAAGGAUAAGAAGAUAAGGAAGCCCAGGUAUGCUUUUCAAACGAGGAGCCAAGUUGAUAUACUUGACGAUGGAUAUCGUUGGAGAAAAUAUGGGCAGAAAGCUGUUAAGAACAACAAAUUCCCAAGAAGCUAUUAUCGAUGCACACAUGAAGGAUGUAAUGUAAAGAAGCAAGUCCAACGUCUAAGCAAAGAUGAAGGUGUGGUAGUCACCACCUACGAAGGAAUGCACACUCAUCCUAUACAAAAGCCAACCGACAAUUUUGAACAUAUCUUGAAUCAAAUGCAGAUUUACACCCCUUUUGAAGACCAUCAUCAUCCACAUAUAUAUAUGUAG